AUGGGGGACGAGGUGACUCGGGUGAUGGUGGCGGUGAACGAGUCGAGUUUGAAGGGUUACCCUCACCCUUCGAUCAGCAGCAGAGGGGCUUUCGAAUGGACCAUCAACAAGAUCAUUCGGAACAACGUUUCUGCUUUCAACCUCUUUUUUCUUCACGUUCAAGUUCCCGACGAAGAUGGUUUUGAUGACAUGGACAGUAUUUACGCAUCACCUGAAGAUUUUAAGAACAUGAAGCAGAGAGAUAGAAUCAGAGGGGUUCAUCUACUGGAAUACUUUGUCAAUAGGUGUCAUGAAAUUGGGGUGGUCUGCCAAGGAUGGAUAAUGCAGGGUGAUCCCAAAGAAGUGAUAUGUCAUGAAGUGAAACGGCUAAGGCCAGAUCUUCUGGUUGUGGGUAGCCGAGGUCUUGGCCCUUUUCAAAAGGUUUUUGUUGGCACUGUGAGUGAAUUUUGUUGGAAGCAUGCUGAAUGCCCUGUGAUUAGUAUCAAACGCAAAGCUGAUGAGAUUCCUCAGGACCCUGUUGAUGACUGA